AGAUGUUGAGUUAGCGCACGGCUUCUUGUUUGACUCUCCUUCUCGAAGCUCGGACGGUGGUCAGCUGAUCUGUCAAAAUAUCACGCAGCCCCGUGUGGUUAUGUUUGUGUUUGUGUGUCUCCCAACUACACGUUGAAGACAUGGCAGCCAGGAUGGAGCUUGCACCUUUCAGACCGUGGGAUGAUUUCUUCCCCGGAGCGGACCGUUUUGCCAAACCAGAGUUCAGAGAUUUAACAAAGUGGAACAGCAGAGUGAUCAGUAAUCUGCUUUACUACCAGACGAAUUAUUUCGCCGUGGCUUUUGUGCUUUUCCUCAUUGUAGGGUUCCUGAACCCGUUUGGCAUGUUUCUGGGAGGAGCAGUGGUGACUCUGGUCUUCACGGGUUCUGUGUGGGCAGGAGAGAACAGGGCCACCAUCAAGAACUUCAAAAGGAAGAACCCCACCCUGUUUUUGAUUGGGGUCCUGGUCACCAGCUACUUCUUGCUGUCGCUGUUUGGUGGUGUCAUGGUAUUCAUCUUUGGAAUCACGUUCCCUUUGCUGUUAAUCCUGAUCCACGCCUCUCUGAGACUGCGCAACAUGAAGAACAAACUGGAGAACAAGAUUGAAGGUGUUGGGCUGAAGAAGACCCCUAUGGGUAUCAUCAUGGACCUCCUGGAUCAACAGGAGGAGAAAAUUAACAAGAUUCAGGAUUUUAUUGAAAGCAAACUGAAGGAGUAAGGCCCCAGGCAAGAGUGUGCCAAAAGAAGUAAGUGUCGUACAGUAUGGAUUAAAAUUUAAAUAGCAUAUCCCGUGUGUCAAGUUUGAUUCCCCCCAUAUACAUGUAAAGUAACUGAAGAUUGCACUCUCCUACUUUUUAUCCAUUUACUUUAUUCUCUUAUACAUUUGUAUUAGUUCAAAAUAUCUAUAGAUGGUUACUUACAACAAGAUUAUGACAAGAUUUGCACAAUCAAUGUGUGGACUGGAUGUUGAGAGGCCAUGGGCACCAAAGAUUACCAAAGGUUUUGAGCAUUCCUUUGUCAAAAAAUGUUCCAAAAACAAAUAAUUUCCCUUCUUGACAACGCACUUUGUUUUCCACACUGACUGAUUAUUUAUUUCAGUAACAUGAAGCUGAAUGUUUCAACACAAUGCAGUUAUUAGAUACCAAUUAUAUUAAUUCUAAAAAAGAAAUGAGAUCAGUUUCCUACCUCAAAACAAGCAUGUUAAAUUUUCUUCUUACCAAGUACACCCACCAACCAGUGAACUGUUAACUGCUUAAAGAAAAGCAUUAACUCUCAUCUUGUUAUCUUAGGAGCUGUAUAUAUACUGAUCUGAGACCAGCUUGCUUCUAGUGUGGAUAUGGUUAUAUGGCCUAACUAAUAAUCCUGGACUAUAGAUAUUCCUAUUGCCAAAAGAUUUAUGCAUAUAGUUCCUGACCAUACAGGCUGGCCUGAGUGUAUCCCCUCUGACCACAGCUAUGCAAUACUGAAAAAUGAAUGGCAAGUGCAGCUUUAUUGUUUGAAUAUUAUAUCAUGUUAUUAAAUGUUUGUUGUUAUU